AAUUGUGUACAAAUUUUUGUCUAUGAAUCUCUUAAUUUCCGCCUGGCAUCGAAGAGAGACGCAUCGUCAUUCUGCUGCGCUUCUUUAUACCUAGGUCGGUGAAACUAAAACGAAAGAAGUGUUAAACAUGUCGUUGCCCAGAGUGUACUUCGACGUUACAGCCGAUGGCUCACCAUUGGGGAGAAUUAUUAUUGAGUUGAAAGCUGAUGUUACGCCCAAAACAUGCGAAAAUUUCCGUGCACUUUGUACUGGUGAAAAAGGAUUUGGAUACAAGGGUUCCACUUUCCACCGUGUCAUCCCCAACUUUAUGUUACAAGGAGGUGACUUCACAAACCACAAUGGUACUGGAGGAAAAUCCAUUUACGGAGAGAAGUUUGCUGAUGAGAACUUUGUUCUGAAGCACACUGGCCCCGGAGUGCUAUCCAUGGCCAAUGCAGGACCAAACACUAAUGGCUCCCAAUUCUUUAUUACCACUGUGAAGACUUCUUGGUUGGAUGGUAGACAUGUCGUUUUCGGCAAUGUUAUUGAGGGCAUGGAUGUCGUAAAGAAAGUUGAAGCUUUGGGUUCACAGUCUGGCAAGCCAUCGCAAAAGAUUGUCAUUGCAGACUGUGGUCAGCUUUCUUAAGAUAAUAUUGUAAUAUUUAUAAAACAUAAUGCGAUAUUUUAAGUUUAAUAUAAUGUCCUCUCCAAGUAAAACACCUUCCCAGUCAUAAGAUUUAACAAUAUAUUGAAUUUUACUGAGGGUCAUUCCAAUGUUAUAUAAAUUUAUAACUGUUCUAAGUUGCAAGUUUGUGCAUUUACUUCUGCAUUGUUUAUUCAUAAUAAAUUAACUUAUAUAAUAA